AUGCUGUUUAUGGUUGUGGCAGCAGUCUUUUUCCUGACCUUGCUGCAACCAUCUCGGGCAGAUGCAAAUGUACAGUAUUAUGAGGCAGAGGAGAGGGCACUUAUCGGGAGGGACUGGUCUGCGUGGUUUGUUCCACAUGUGGGGGUCAGAGUCAGGUCUAUCAAAUGGGAAUAUCGCCAAAACACUAUCGUAGACUGUCAGUACAAGGGUCCGGACAGUUUGCCAACAACAGAAUACUUCUUCACCUGUUCGUCGGGCUGCAAGUACCAAGAUUGUGGAUCGGAAAAUUCAUUUGGUUUACAGGUCGACGGAAGCAUCUUUUCUUUAUACGCUUUCCAUGUGACUAAAGACAUGGCUGGGGAUUACGCCCUGACUGUAAAGUUCUAUGGCAGUGACAAGGUUUUUAAAAAAAUAAGCACGCUUUCAUUGGCAACUCCACCCCUUCUUCUGGAGUCAACAUUAACAUGCAACGUCCCUCAAAUUGCAAAAGCACUUCAAAAUUCUUUAGCAACGAUUCUUGAAGGAUCGAAGCUUGCUCAAGUAUACGCUAACCUGGAACGCCAAGUUGAGGGCACGGAAAUAAAAGGGUCCAUAGAAUUUAAUCCAGGUAUUCCAAGGGGCAAUGCUGGAGUUUAUCUAGUACGGCAUCCCAGACACAGAAGUUAUCCUAAUUUUGUCCCUUGUGCCUCUCGUUGUAACUUAACUGUGAUCAAAUUUAGUUGUUUAACAAGCAUAGAAGAUGUCGGGUUGGCAAUAAUGGUUUUUAAUACGUUAAAUUCAUCGCAUACUACUGAUCAAGCCGAAGAGCAUCUCAAAGCUUGGAUAAUGAAGCGAUUUGCGUCCUGGCUACUUAACGUAUUUCCUACCAACUCUGGAUCACUUCCCGGGGAAUUCGGAACAGAUUAUCGAGUAACUCCCUUGAAGAUAGGGUGGCCAGCAGUUGUCCAUAUUGGUCAAAAAAUUCGCAUAUUUUGCCCAAUGGAUGUAUCACUUUCGCCUGACGGAAUUGAAUGCACGAGAACAAAAUCGCUCAAUUCAACAAUUGCAGAGCCAUUGCCAGUUGGAUUUUGGAUUGAAGCAAAAAGUGGACAGUAUUUCUUUAACUUAAGAAAAAAUAAGGCAGAAAUGACGGAUAGUGGAAUCUAUGCAUGCACAGUAAAGAUCCGUGGAGUUAGCUUGCAUGUUUGUACAGACAGACGACUUACAGUUAUUCCUGAUUCAAUGAACGUUCAAAUCUUUGUCUAUAAUAGAUUAGUGCCAUCCAAAGCAAUAAAAGUGGGAGAUGUUUACAAUCAGUAUACCAAAACCUUAGAUCCCUACCUCAUGACCAAUCAGGUGAGCUACAUUGUUUGUUGGACCAAUACUAAAGCAGAUCUUAAUUUUUCAUUGACUCUCACUCUUACUCGCGAAGUCCCAAAACCGAGAUGGAAUUUCCCUUUUAAACUUGUGAGAACUUUAAAUUUACGAGAAGGCGUGCAGCGAGUACAAAAGUUCAAAUUUUAUCGAAUCAGCGGAUAUGGUAGAGCAGAGUAUGGAGGAAAGCUGAAAGCCACCUGUUCAGUAACAUCUGAGACGGCAAAGAAAAAUAUUCCAGAGUGGAUAAAGGAUGAAAACGAUCUAAAAGAAAAUUUCGAGUUAGGUAACAUUGCCUCAAGUGCUCGAGAUAUUUUCAUUUUUCAUGGUGUGGAAGGGAACCUCUCCUUUCAUAGCAGUGUUCAUCAAUUGGAGGAGCAUCCUGUUCCGUUGGGCACUAGCAUUCGUUGUACAGGAUCUAAGGGCUUUCCUCCGCCCAUCUAUCAGUGGACAAAAGUUGAUUCCAGCCGAUUACUGUCUCCGAGUUCUACCAACUACUUUUAUCUCGCUGAUGAUCAAAACGUCUUUCUCGAUGGCCCGGACACAUUUCCGAAAUCUGCAUUUCAGGGUGACCGGCUAGAAGUUCCCACUGACUCCAGAUAUAGAGGAAUGAGCUUCCUUUUUCAGUGCAGAGCUUUCAAUGAGAUAGUAGGGAAGAAGUAUCACAUUGACCGCCUCCUUUUUUUAACUAUUUGCCUUUGUGAAUACCGUUUCGUAUCACUCGACUUAUCUCUCAUAUAUUCACCCCAAAUGGUUGCCGGACAUACACUGCUUGAUCCUCAAAAUCCUGAAAGCAGGCUGGAUUUCUAUGGUCAACGAUACGUCCAUUUAUUGCAGCAGAUCAUUCUCGGACUUGCCCAUGGGAGUAAGUAUACGCAAAUAAGCAUGAACCCAACCUCUAUACUAGACACGGUCUUGAAAAAGGCUUCGUUGUAUGCUGGUUCAAAGCCAUUAACUCAUGGAUUAUCGCGCAUUCAACUUGCUAAAGGGCUUAUUUCAAAAUCUAUCAGGCCUCAAUCAAUCUACCAUCCAAACAAUGCCUCAUGUCCCCGAAAAAUUCCCGUCAACCUCACUGAAGGUUUCCUUUCUGUUGAUAGGAAUGUGGCUAAUACAAGAGAGAAUGUUUUACGUGUCAGCCGUCCGCAUGUUGUUGUACUUCCUCGAGAUCGGUGGGAUGAAGGUGAUGUGGCUGGAUUUAUGCAGCUCAUGAAAAGGAAACAUGUUCAUGUCAUUAGUGCUUACUUUGAAAAUCCAUCUAGCUGGGCUGAAGGCAGUCCCGACCGUACGGUUCAGCUUACUAGUGGUGAUGUUUUUGGCAAAAAGUGUUUGGACCAUUCCGCUAGGGAUCUUGCUACCUUUAUUGAGCGCAUCCCUCUCUUUGAUGCAAUUUGCAACCUUUCACGACCAGCAGAUGUAUACACCGAAAGUCUUGCGGGAUUUUGUUUCUUGUCACAUCCGCGAGAUCUUAUGUUUGAUGGUGAAAGUGUCAUCUUCUUCGCGGUUAUUCGGGUAAGCUCUUUCACUAAGGAACAUCGGCAGUUGAGAGUGUGUUUUACAAAUCAAACUGCAGUGGCCAACAUAACAAACAAUUUUAAAAAUCAGAGGUACUUUGAUAGCAAGUGCAAAAGUGUACUGGGAGAUUCAGAAUCCAGUAGACCUGAAUCCAUGUGUCUCAGUGUAUCACAGAGCCUAAAACUGGAGUCGUCUCAUGAUGGUGAUGUCAUCCUUGCCUAUGAACGGGGCGUUAACACAGUUUUGUCUCAGUCGAGCUCUGUAGCAAUCGAAAUCAGGCUCAACCGACGGGGUUUGAACGCACCAUAUCUUCUAGUAAAAGAGUUGCCUCAAAAGGCCAAUGAUUCUGGCGAAUUUGAAUGUGUCAUUGAGAUGACAAUAAUUAACUACCAAAUUGAUCUUGUUUACUGGUCGAACAGCAGUAGCUCCUACUUAGUGGUAGUUAGAACCAAUUCGUCUCAACAGGGGUUCAGGUAUCGUAACAUUGGUCACAAAGUUUCGGCUCUCCUUAUUUGGCCUGUAUUCCCCGCAGAGGCAGAAAACUCAGACAUACACUGCAUUUUAAGCCAUCCUAAGUUGCUUUCAAAACGAAUAACUGCCCUACCUCCGCAGUCGAGCAACUCAGUUCGCAUUUCCCUUACCUCUAAAUGUCCGAUGAGGCCCACAAUAAGACGGGUGGUGUCCGCGCCCUUCACAGACGAUUCCGACAUUCCCCGUCUAGGUGCUCGCAUGUCAUUUUUCUGUGAGGCAGUGACAGGAGAGCAGCAAAGUUAUCCCCUUCAAAUGGCCUUUGCUGACUGGAGUGAAAGUUUUGUCGUCUGUUCUGGAACAGGAGAGGGCAAAAUGAACACAACAGUACCUUGCCGAUUCACCACUUGGGAAAGUGGAGGUUGUGGAACCUCGAGUAAAACCUCUUUAACAACUCAUCAAAAAGCUGCCUUUACCAAAUGUAGUCUUUCUUAUGCUCCUAAAGAAAAUGUCUACACUCGUGUUAUCGAGUACACCAUCCCCCUGAUUACCAUCAAGCAGUUUGAUGCAUUUGUAUUUUGUGAAACCUUACCAUCAUGGGAGGUGGAUGAAGAAAAUCGGCUCCUCAGUGAUCCAAUCGACAAUCUUUUUCCAGUUAAACCAACCGUUAAGAACAUAGACAUUGGCUACUACGAGUGGAUAUGUGACAUUAUUGCCUAUCCACCACCGACGAUGUUUGACUGGCGUAUAAAGGAGGCACAUCCAUGGAAUUUCCGCGUGGGGUUAAAUCGAAUGUCCUUUGCAAAAUCUCCUAUAAAAUCCAUUCGUGCCUCCAUUCUCGCCAAAUCAAGACCUGAAUUCUUCCCAAAAAAAUUUAUUCCAAAGGACGAAAUGUCACCUUAUUACUUCGCAUUGUCUCGACAAGCCCCUUCUUUCUGGCAAGUAGGGUCGUGGGGUGUGGCCAAGUUAGAGUGUGAAGUCUCCAAUCAUGAGGGCGAUGUCGCGCUGACGGAGGCACAUGUCAGUUAUGCUCACGGCAAAUCAAAUGGACAAUGGACUGUUUCAGGUUCGCUGUAUCCAAGAUUAGGAGUCGUUAACAUAAGUGAACCGUGGGCUAUCGAAUGUCCGAUUUCGGAAAGUGGAAAUUUGGAAGAAACACUCAACUUGUUUUUACUCGGAAAGGCUCCAUUAUCAGUAGGGACUAUAGAACUACCCCUGCUUCAUGUGACUUUCCAGACGCAAGAUGAGAGGAACAAAAUCAACUACUUGGUUCGACAAUUCAAACCCAUUGGGUGGUGGAGCAGUGCUAUUCUGACUGAAUUCAAAGUAAAGAUUGUUGAAGAUAGCGAAGGCCACAAAGCUGUGCGUAUCCAAAUUGCACGUGCCUCUCAGACUUCGGACGUAGGCUGCUACGUUUGUCGAAUCUACCUGUUCGGAGGCUAUAAAGACACAGACGUUCAGCCAGAACUCAUCGUAAUUCCAAAACAGGAGUCUCCCAUCUUUGCUCAUAAAUUGGCUUCAAAUGCUUGGACGCUAGCAGAUGGGUUCUCCAAGCCGCUGAUACUCUUCGAAGGCGACGAAUUGAAGACAAGGUGCCUCACAUGGUCCAUCAGACAUCCAUCAUCUUCUUUUUCGAAUGUCACGCCAUCUAUCCUUGUGUUUGCCCUCCAAAAGACUCAACCAACUCAUGUCUCCAAGAAAAAUUCACUCAUCAGUCAGGUAAAACUUUUUGGGUAUUACAAUUAUUUCCUUCUGGAACAUUCUUGGAAUGUGAACCCAUAUCGUGAUGCGAUGAAGUAUAUUGGAUGCUACUGGCGAUUGCAAACAUCAGAAGAGAGGAAUUUGGAAAGGAAAUUUGGGCCGCUUAUCGUAUGUAGACUAAGUAGGAGAUUGAAGGUUUUUCCAGAGGUAACCAAGCCCCUUGAAAGGAAUGCGAUUCUCAAUUGUUAUAUGGAUGACUCAGACUUCGAGAACUCCACGAUCUACUGGGUUUACAAGCUUGGCCCUCUUCCGAGACCGAAGGAGGUCAACGAGACUGAAGUGUUUAACCAAAAAGUGCUUUCAUCAGAGCUAAAUCUAUCAGCUCUGCCAGGACCCGGCUUUUACGUCUACACUUGCCGUGCAAUUUACAACUGUGGUGGAAAAAAUAUGACCUCUAAAAAGGAUGUUCAAUUUAUGGUUUCAGCAGACAAAAAUUCUACCUUGUUUACUACCGUCAGAAUCUCACCACAGAUAGUUUUGAUCCCAGAACAAAUUAAUGUGGUGUGUCCGAGUUUUCUGGCCGAAAACAGUGGUUUAAUUGCCAAAAGUUUACAAUGGUUCCGUCUCUACCGUCAAGUAAACACGAUCUCGCCUGAAAGUGAUCCUUCUGCACAUCAGCUGUCAUACCAUAACCUUGUCAGCGGGACGGUGACUACGAACCACUCCAAUUUCAUUGCUUACCAACAUCAAGAAGGAAGAGAAUUAGUCUUUACAAUCAAUAUAAAACCAAGUUCUUUUAAUGACUUUGGUUACUACGGCUGUGCGUUUGGUGCGACAAAAAGAGUUGAAGACUCGAAUGACUUAGUGCUGAGCCAAGUAUCAGCACAGCCGGUGUGCCUUAUUCGUAAUCCCACAGAUACGAAGAUACGACUCUCUCCUUUACACACCGAAACCUGUUAUCACGUUGGGGACUUCUUGUCUGUUCAAUGUGAGGCCGUGGCAUAUCAGGUGUUCUGUGUGGAGGAUGAUAAACCUUUGGGGGUUGGACUUUUGUCCACUCUUGCCACACUAAAUAUCUCAACUGUUGAUAAUGCCACAACCAAAGCAUUACAUAUGGCUUCAUCCAUAAUUACAGGUGCUAAUCCUCCUAAAAAGCUAAUUUACUUUUCACCAGUCCUUCUAAAUAUAUCUUAUAUUCACAACGACGCCGUAUUGACUUGUGAGAUUACACCAAAAAUAAAUAGUAAUUUGUACAACUUCUCUACCGAUUGGGUUAAACUCCAAAGCCAACUCAUAAGACGUGCCGCUGCCAAAAUCUGUGUGUCCUUUCCCCCCACUAACGUUAUCAUAAAUCCACCGCCACCGGACCAAGUGAGUGAGAAAGAUGUUGCCUUUGUGCUAAAAUCGGGUGACUGGGUGACGUGUUUGGCAAGCGGCAAUCCCGCGCCUUUGGUGACCCUCGAUGCUUACCCUCUGCGUGAGGGGACCAUAUCCAAGGUGAUGCGAUUGGGUCUUUCCGGCAUUGGACUUUGGCGUGACCCAAAGCGAUCACAGCCGAAUUGGCCCACCACGGUAAUGCAAAACGACACUGGCUCCAUGAUGCUUGUGAAGAAGGAGGUCGGUGAUCUCGGGGGUCUAGCCUACGUGGGCGUUUGUCGUGCCUCUAAUGAAAUCCGUGGCAGUGAGAAAACAGCCUACAAGGUGAAUUGA